CAGAAGGCUAUGAAAAGAAGCACCAGAUACUUUUGUGAUCAACAGCGGUGCUGUAAUUGAUGUAAUUUAGUGAUCACUAAAUUAAUAUUAAGGUAAACUUGGAGUGUUGAUAAUCUUAAAAGUAUACAGAUAGAAAUAAAGCAGUUACAAUAAAUCUCAAAUUAUGCACACAAUGUUAAUUGAACUAUGAUUAGCAUUUUUAUUGGGCUUGGCUCAUGUGGUUAUUAAACAUUUUCUUUUGUUUGUGUGCUUGGAAAUUGUAUUUAUGAUCUGGAUUAAUUUAGUCUUAACGUUUCUCAUUAAGUAAGUGCUUUUCAGUAUUAUCAUGUACUUCUGGCCUAACAGUCACUAUAGUUACUGGUAUUCUGAGUGGUUUUGCCAAAACAAUUCACCGAUGUGUGCGCGCGCACACACACACACACACACAUACAGAUCUAUUAAGUUAACAAUAGGUCUGUUGUCUGUUUGAGGUUCAUUUUGCUGAUAUAUUCCCAGUUAGAUUUUUUGGUUCCUGCUUGUUCUCUCACUUGAUAAAUAGUAUACACAAAUACUACUGUGACUUUUUUUUUGUUUAGGUCAACCAAAUGUGAUGGAAUAACAAGUACAUUUCCCCCUGAAAUGUAGAGCAGUUUAAAAUAUGAAUAAAGAAAAUACAUGAAAUAAAGAAAACACUCACAUAUAUGAUGCCCAGCAGUACCUAUAAAGUUAAAUAAGUUAAUUAAAAUUAGCUUCUGUAUAAACACCAGUAAUAAUAAUCCAGUUCAUAUAUUGUGCUAGAGAUAUGAAAGCGGCUUUUCUGCAUUACUUUAGAUAUCUUAGUUUUUAUGUGCAUUUUUCUGACGAUCAUAAUGUAAAUGGAAAAGGGAAUGUUUUUUGCGUUGCGUAACUUCUGCGUCGUGUAAGGAAAGCAGCGGAAACGGUGGUGUGUUCACUGCUCGGGGCUUUAUCAGGACAGUUGAAAAACCGAUAGGGGGGGUUUGUGCAGUCAGCUUCUGCUCCCGUCUGUCGGUGCUGAAUCAGUUGCAGGUGUCUGUCUGACAGGUGAGUCAUGCCUUCUGUUUCUGACCGUACACAUUUGGAGGAUGUUCCUGCUCUUUGCCCACAUGCAGCUGACCUGAUGAAAGCUCAGGGUCACAAGUCUGCAGAUGGAGAACAGAACAGUGUCAGUGAUCAGGAUGAAUUAUGCCAUGGGAGAGUGGGACAUGGUGAGAGUGAGCUGGACAGCAGAGAGGUGACCACUGGUGAGAGGAACUGGAUCCGGCCUGAUUUGCCCAGCAGAUGUACCUGGAGGCCGGGUGCACCUAUUUCAGAGUCGCCUCAUACCCAUCCAGCACGCACCAAAUCCCCCAGCAUCCUCCCCAACAUCCUCUGGAAAAUUGGAGACACUCCUCUGGUUCGUUUGAACAAAAUUCCAAAGGAGUUUGGACUCAAGUGUGACAUUUUGGCCAAAUGCGAGUUCCUCAGCGCAGGAGGCAGCGUGAAAGACAGAAUUGGCCUGCGGAUGGUGGAAGAUGCUGAGAGAGCCGGGAUUCUCAAACCAGGAGACACAAUCAUCGAGCCCACCUCUGGAAACACAGGUAUUGGCAUCGCCCUGACAGCCGCAGUCAAAGGCUACCGCUGCAUUAUCACCAUGCCUGAGAAGAUGAGCAUGGAGAAGGUGGACGUGUUGAAAGCUCUCGGGGCCGAAAUAGUGCGCACACCCACUUCUGCAGCGUUUGAUUCACCGGAGUCUCAUGUGGGUAUGGCUUGGCGUCUAAAGAACGAGACACCCAACUCGCACAUCCUCGAUCAGUAUCGCAAUGCCAGCAACCCUCUGGCUCACUACGAUACCACAGCUGAGGAGAUACUGGAGCAGUGUGAUGGUAAACUGGACAUGUUUGUGGCUGGAGUUGGCACAGGCGGUACACUUACUGGUGUUGCUCGGAAGCUGAAGGAGAAGUGCCCCAAUGUCAAGAUAGUUGCUGUGGACCCUGAGGGCUCCGUUCUCACUGAGUCAAAAGAGGACAGCGAAAAGAAGAUGUCUUUUGAAGUGGAGGGCAUCGGAUACGACUUUGUCCCCACAGUGCUGGACAGAUCUCUUGUUGACAUGUGGUAUAAAUCGACUGAUCUGGAGACCUUCACCAUGUCCCGCAAGCUGAUCAGAGAGGAGGGCCUCCUGUGCGGCGGCAGCUCUGGCUCAGCUGUGGCAGCAGCAGUAAAGAUGGCUCAGCAGCUUAAGGAGGGACAGCGCUGUGUGGUCAUUCUGGCCGACUCCGUCCGCAACUACAUGUCAAAGUUCCUAAGUGACAAAUGGAUGUUUGAGAAGGGCUUCCUUGGCCCCGAGGCGCCGAUGGAUAUCAAACCCCGGUGGUGGAACUUGACUGUUCAGUGUCUAUGCUUGUCUGCCCCCUUCACUUUGUUACCGUCAGUGUCCUGCCAGAAAGCCUCUGAGAUCCUGAAGGAAAAAGCCUUUGACCAAGUCCCAGUUGUCGAUGAGUCAGGUGUGAUCCUGGGAGUAGUAACUGUGAGAACCAUCCUGUCCUCUGUGUCGGCCGGGAUGGUUGGACCCUCAGACGCUAUCAGCAAGGUGUGCUGCAAACCUUUCAAACAGGUACACCUCACAGACAGCCUGGGGAUGCUGUCCAAUAUCCUCCAAACAGAAAACUUUGCCCUGGUGGUGCAUGACCACACCCAAUAUAAAACUGAUGGGUCAGCUUGCCAGAGGCAGACGGUGUUUGGCAUCGUGACAGCCACUGACCUCCUCAACUACAUCACUACACACGAAGGGUAGGAUCGCCCAUCAGCUGCGCGCUCGCUGUUGGAAACAAUGUCUCUGUCAUCCAUUUGUCUUUCACACAUGGACGAUAACAAGAGACAACAAAAGCACCUGUGGUUUAGUCAAUGCAGGAAUUUGGGAUGACUGGGGGAAAACUAUGUAGUGAAUUUAAGUUGAAUGAUUAUGAUUCAUGUCAUAAAAACACAACAAAUAAGAGUUCUCUGAUGCUAUCGUGCUGACCUGUAUUUAGCUAAAAUUCAGCUUGGAUCCUUUUUUUUUGCUAGUUGCACCAAUGGAUUGGCCUGUCAGCCAAAGUCUGAGCAGCACCAGCUGCGAUCAUGUCUGUUUUCAGUGUUUUCGUGGCUACUUCUGUGGAUUCAUCGAAAUCGGUUCUGUCAUGGAAAUCGAGUUUUGUUGUGGAAAUCUCUAUUUGAAAUAAAAACCUGUCAACCUUUGUUUUUCUGUGUUUUAUUAUCUUUGUAAAGAUAUGGAGCUGAAUCUGUAGAGCCAAAUCAGGGCCAAAAGUUUCAUCAAUUUGAAAAAGUGGCAUAGAGGUUGGAGAAGCGGCUUGUGAUCGGAGGUUCACCGGUUCGAUUCCCCUACCGGAUGGGCAGGAAAAAUUUGGGUGUGGUGGAGUGAUUAAUGCGAAAAAUGCCCCCCCUCG